AGUCAGGCUGUCGACUGUUGAGUGUGUAAACAUACAAGUGCGUGUGAAUGCACAUUGUGUAACACGGAGCUAAAAAGCACAGCUGGGUGCACCGAUAAAUAAAUAAAAAAACACGAACCUGACACUACAAGACGAAAACGAGCCGAAAAACCCGUGCGGUUAUGAACUGCAACCGAAUGAACGGAAUAAGCAGCUAGCCUUAGCAAACCUGUCCGUUAGCGACUGUGCUAGCCUGAUAGUGCUCCGGUUAUAAUGGAGUUGGUCAGGAGCCAAGCUCCAGCCAGGACAGUGUUGGAUUUGGAGGAGGAUCGAAGAGACCCAGGGAUGCACACCUUCAAUCAUACCCAUAUGAGGAAAGCAUUUAGAGUCAUGAAUGAUCUAAGAAGCAGAAAGAUGCUUUGUGACGUACUGCUGGUAGCUGGCGAAGUGGAGAUUCCUGUACAUAAAGUGGUGUUGGCAUCCUGUAGUCCCUACUUCUGUGCUAUGUUUACAGGAGAAAUGAGUGAAAGUAAAGCCACGUGUGUGGAGAUUAGGGAUGUGGAUGGACAAACUCUCAGGAAACUAGUGGAUUAUAUCUACACAGCAGAAAUUGAUGUGUCAGAGGACAAUGUUCAGGUGCUUCUACCAGCAGCUAGCCUGCUGCAACUAAUGGAGGUGAGGCAAGUAUGUUGUGAGUUUCUGCAGACUCAGCUCCACCCUACUAAUUGCCUGGGCAUCCGCUCCUUUGCUGACCUGCACACCUGUUCUGACCUGCUUAACCAGGCCCAUGCUUUCGCUGAGCAACAUUUCUCUGAGGUCAUGCUGGGAGAGGAAUUCAUGGGGCUUUCCUUGCAGCAGGUGUGCAGUCUCAUUUCCAGCGACAAGCUAACUGUAUCCACUGAAGAAAAGGUUUUUGAAGCUAUGAUUGCAUGGAUAAAGCACGAUAAGGAGACUCGGUUAGAGCACAUGCCUAAACUCAUGGAGCAUGUUAGGCUGCCACUGCUGUCCAGAGAUUACUUGGUUCAGAUUGUAGAGGAGGAGGCCUUAAUCAAAAACAAUAACACGUGUAAGGACUUCCUCAUUGAAGCUAUGAAGUACCACCUGUUGCCUGCAGACCAGCGGCAUCUAAUAAAGACAGACAGGACUCGACCACGCACGCCUGUCAGCCUGCCUAAGGUGAUGAUUGUGGUGGGUGGUCAGGCUCCUAAAGCCAUCCGCAGUGUUGAGUGCUACGAUUUUCAGGAGGAUCGCUGGUACCAAGUAGCUGAUCUGCCCUCUAGACGCUGCAGAGCAGGGGUGGUGUAUAUGGCUGGUAAGGUGUAUGCAGUGGGGGGAUUUAACGGCUCUCUACGUGUGAGAACAGUGGAUGUGUACGAUGGUGUGAGAGAUCAGUGGAGCACCGUUCCCAGCAUGCAGGAGCGUCGCAGUACACUGGGAGCUGCCGUGCUGGGGGAACUGCUCUAUGCUGUUGGGGGGUUUGAUGGCAGCACAGGAUUAUCGUCAGUGGAAGCAUACAACCCCAAGACUAACGAGUGGGUUUUUGUGGCUCCUAUGAACACCAGGCGCAGCAGUGUGGGGGUGGGAGUGGUGGAUGGAAAGCUGUAUGCAGUAGGAGGAUAUGACGGGGCAUCUCGUCAGUGUCUGAGCACAGUAGAGGAGUAUAAUCCAGUUAGUAAUAAAUGGGAGUAUGUAGCUGACAUGAGCACCAGGCGCAGUGGAGCAGGUGUUGGGGUGCUAAAUGGGCAGCUAUAUGCAGCAGGAGGACAUGAUGGUCCUUUGGUUAGGAAGAGUGUAGAGCUGUAUGACCCAAGUACUAACACCUGGAGGCAGGUGUGUGACAUGAACAUGUGCAGGAGGAAUGCAGGAGUGUGUGCCAUAAACGGCUUGCUGUAUGUAAUUGGUGGAGAUGACGGCUCGUGCAACCUCUCCUCUGUGGAAUUUUACAACCCCGCUAUAGACAAGUGGAGUUUACUUCCCACCAACAUGAGCAACGGCCGUAGCUAUGCAGGGGUGUCGGUUAUCGACAAGCCAUUAUGACCCAGAACUGUGGCCAGCAGGAGUUCGUUGACUGACCUGAAGAGCAGUGGUAGACACACCAUCUUUUAAAUCAGCUCUGUUGAAGCAGUCUGUCACUACUGGUCACGCUGAGCCGGCGCUUACCACAGAAGUGCACAAGUCAGACUGAUUGACUGCCAGCUUCUCGCCUGCUGUAAUGUGCCAUCUGCUGCUGCACAUACCCCAAUGACCACUUUACCUGCAAGUCCACGGCUAAAGUGGCCUGGCUGGAGCCAUCAGGGAUGAACAGGUGGGCUAAGCUAAAUUAUUUAGCGUCCAGUCUGAGGUGUAGUGCCCCUUUUCUGCCUGCUCCACUUCUGAUUGAAAUCACUGACAUUGCUACCGCCAUUGAACUUUAUGGUGAAAGGGUGAAUGUGUGGGCUUGGGGCAUGAAAAUAGGUCACCACAUCGUACAUGGUGUUUAGCAACAGCCACAGACUUGCUUUAUAUCUCACCACCACAGCUGCAAACAGGAAAGUAUAUUAGUCCUGCUCCAGUUAGCAGAUUAUGCUCAGUGUUAGGCUGACCACAUUCUCAUAAAUGGAUUUUAUGUUGUUUACCUUCUUUUAAUUGUUUUUUACUCAACCAUGAAUGCGGACAAGCUGUACUGUAGAAACAAUGCUUCAACUAACUGAAGCGUGGCUAUUGCCAGCUGCUUUUGUGCCAUAAUGUGUUUAAUGUAUUACAUACGUGUGCGUGGACACUGAUAAACAUCAUGAACACUACAGGGAAAUGUGCCAAAAUGAUCCAUUCAUGUGAGUACUUUGCAUAUAUGCACUUUUAUCAGUGAGGCAGAUCUGUUCAGUAGUAAUGCACUUGGUACACCUACCUUCUAUGUACAAGGCACAGGCAUUUUUGCGAUUUUUAAACAAAUACAGUAAUAUUAAAUAUUCAAAGAAGAUUUGUUUUACUGAUCUCAAUUUCUCAAGUGAAAGCACGGUGUUUAACAAUUGUUUACUGCAAGGAUCUGUUAAAUUAGUGUAAAAAUAACAGUUUAAAAUGGUCAGUGCCGUAUUUUAAAAACCCUGUCAGAAACAAAUUUAAUUCUUUAUUUAUUGUUUAUUAAAACAGUACAAGGAGAAGCACACCCUUUAUAGGACGUAACAAAACUCAGAAACGUUGGGUGUGUGAGCCCUUUUAUGUUGUUAUUCUGGUGCAUUAAGCCAGGGCUUUUUAACCAAAAAUUAAGUACACAGAACUACAGUAUGUCAUGAUUAUAAUGUUAAAAGACUACUCUCAUCCAAGCUGGCUUUUAUUUGUUUGUUUGUUUCUUUUAAUACCAAAUGUUGGUGUUAGUUAUU